AUGCAGCGCGCUCUUUCUUCCCGCGCGAGAGCUUCCGUCCUCUCUGCUGCUCCCAGCAAGUUCCGUGCCGGUGCCGGCCUGGGACAGCAGCUUCGCUUUGCCCACAAGGAGCUGAAGUUCGGUGUUGAGGGUCGUGCCGCCCUGCUCGCUGGUGCCGAUACUCUGGCCAAGGCCGUUGCGACAACACUUGGCCCCAAGGGUCGCAACGUCCUCAUCGAGUCAAGCUAUGGCUCCCCCAAGAUCACAAAGGAUGGUGUAACUGUCGCGAAGGCAAUUACCCUCAAGGACAAGUUCGAGAACCUUGGCGCCCGCCUCAUCCAGGACGUCGCCUCCAAGACCAACGAGACCGCCGGUGACGGUACCACCACCGCCACUGUCCUCGCCCGUUCCAUCUUCUCCGAGACCGUCAAGAACGUCGCCGCUGGUUGCAACCCCAUGGACCUGCGCCGUGGUAUCCAGGCUGCCGUCGAUGAGGUCGUCGCUUUCCUCCAGAAGAACAAGAGAGAUAUUUCCACCAGCGAGGAGGUUGCCCAGGUCGCCACCAUCUCUGCCAACGGUGACCAGGAGGUCGGCAACCUGAUUGCCAAGGCCAUGGAGAAGGUCGGUAAGGAGGGUGUCAUCACCGUCAAGGAGGGCAAGACUCUGGUCGACGAGCUCGAGGUUACCGAGGGUAUGCGCUUCGACCGCGGCUUCGUCUCCCCCUACUUCAUCACCGACGCCAAGUCUCAGAAGGUCGAGUUCGAGAAGCCCCUGAUCCUCCUCUCCGAGAAGAAGAUCUCUGCCGUCCAGGACAUCAUUCCCGCCCUUGAGGCCUCCACUCAGCUGAGACGUCCUCUCGUCAUCAUUGCCGAGGACAUUGAGGGUGAGGCUCUCGCCGUCUGCAUUCUCAACAAGCUCCGUGGUCAGCUCCAGGUUGCUGCCGUCAAGGCCCCCGGCUUCGGUGACAACCGCAAGUCCAUCCUCGGUGACUUGGCUGUCCUCACCAACGGUACCGUCUUCAGCGAGGAGCUUGACAUCAAGCUUGAGAAGGCCACCCCCGAUAUGCUCGGCUCCACCGGUUCCAUCACCAUCACCAAGGAGGACACCAUCUUCCUGAACGGUGAGGGCGCCAAGGACGCCAUCUCUCAGCGCUGCGAGCAGAUCCGUGGCGUCAUGAACGACCCCACUACCUCCGAGUACGAGAAGGAGAAGCUCCAGGAGCGUCUUGCCAAGCUCUCUGGUGGUGUUGCCGUCAUCAAGGUCGGUGGCUCCUCCGAGGUUGAGGUCGGCGAGAAGAAGGACCGCUUCGUCGAUGCCCUGAACGCCACCCGCGCUGCCGUUGAGGAGGGUAUCCUGCCCGGUGGUGGUACCGCCCUUAUCAAGGCCUCCGCCCUUGCUCUUAAGGAUGUCAAGACCGCCAACUUCGACCAGCAGCUUGGUGUUACCAUCGUCAAGAACGCCAUCACCCGCCCUGCUCGUGCCAUCGUCGAGAACGCUGGCCUUGAGGGCUCCGUCAUCGUCGGUAAGCUCACCGAUGAGUUCGCCAGCGAGUUCAACAAGGGCUUCGACUCCUCCAAGGGCGAGUACGUCGACAUGAUUGCCGCCGGUAUCCUUGACCCCUUCAAGGUCGUCCGCACCGGUCUGGUUGAUGCCAGCGGUGUCGCUUCCCUGCUCGGUACCACCGAGGUCGCCAUUGUUGAGGCUCCCGAAGAGAAGGGACCUCCUCCUAUGGGCGGUAUGGGUGGUAUGGGCGGAAUGGGAGGCAUGGGUGGUAUGAUGUAA